AUGGCAUCCGCACCACAGAUCCCACCCAUACCGAUCUUCCCAAGCAUCUUCCAAACCACACACAGCGUCUUGGCCUUUAUGAUGGCCUCCGAUUUCGAGAAACAGAGCUACUGGCACAAGCGCUUCUCGUCAGAAAAAGCCUUCGAAUGGCUUCUUCCGUCGGCUGAUUUCAUGCCGCUGGUCAAGCCUGUUCUCGACCGGCUUGACCCGGCCACGGCCCGCAUCCUCCACAUCGGCUUCGGGACAAGCGACCUGCAAAAUCAUUUCCGGUCACGGGGCUUCCGCGAUAUUCUCAACGUCGACUAUGAACCACUCGCUAUUGAUCGGGGCCGCGAUCUCGAAGAGCAAGCUUUUGGAGACAUUCAAAUGCGAUAUGAUGUGCAAGACGCUACGCAGCUAGAUCUGUGCGAGAAGUUUGAUCUUAUUGUUGACAAGAGUACGGUUGAUGCGAUUUCAUGUGGUGGAGAGAUGGCGCUGCGGCGGAUGGCUGCUGGUAUCAAGCGUUGUCUUGCAGAUGGUGGCGUUUGGAUCUCGUUCAGCUAUUCAGCCUACCGAUUUGACCUGGGUGACUUGCCGUUUGACGUUGAGGUCCUUGCCAAAGUCUUGACCCAGAAAACAUUGCCGAAUGAUCCAGAUAUAUAUCACUGGUGUUAUCUUCUUCGGCCGAAACCAGAUACAGCUCCGGGUUCACCUAUAAGUACGGACGACAGCCCUGCGGGAGAAGGCUGA